AUGUCAUCCACUCAAAAAGUAAAAUCCGUCCAUUCCAACAUCCCCGUCCAAAUCGACCGACCCAGUAUCGCCACCCUCCCGUCCUCCGAAUUUCGUCCCGUCCAAUUUAGUAGACAAGAAAUGAUGUGGGGUAAAUCAAUUGACAAGUUCAGUUGUAAAGCUAGAACACCUUACAACGACGCGUCCUCGACUUAUCCUGUAGAAGUCGAAAUUACCGAAUGGACCAAAUACCGUAAUUAUCCUUAUUUCCUGAUCGAUCGACGAGAUACCUCAGCGGCUGAGGGGGAUAAGACAUAUUCGUAUUUGUAUAGUUGGAAGGAUGAGGUCAGAGUAGGAAAAGAUGGGAAAACGGAAUGUAAUGGGUUUGGACAAAUGGAGCAUAAACCCCUUUCUAAAUUCCAAGAUCUCAUCAUUGAAAGUGACGGUGACAAGACACAAGGUGCGAAUAGCAAUACCCGCGAGAUGGACCGGAUUGUUUAUAAAAGAAUCAGAAAUAAGAAGGAUGGCUAUCUAUCAGAGUCGGGCGCAGAGUCAGUCAUGUCAGACGAAAAAGGACAAGGAUCGAGUAUCUUUGAAAGUGUUAGAAGCGUCUUGCUUUAUCCCUUUUCAAGAGGAUGA